AUGACGCAGCGCCGCGGCCGCCUCGAGGGCACCUUCCCUGAUGGCGAGACCGACGACGGCACGGUGGCGGAGGGCACCUUCUUCGAAGACGCGAGCGGUUUUGUUAGCGUGCGCAUCGGUAGUUGGAAGCCUAUCCCAGCGCAUCGCAAGAAACAGAACAAAAGGCCUCGCGACGACGAUACCGCGGAGCAUGCCGUCCGGCGCAAGCUCGCAAAACUCUGGCCAGAUAAGUUCGUCCUCGAGCGCCUGGUCUACGUCCACGAGCCGGCCGCCAUCGCACCUGAACCCGAACCUCCACCUCCACCUCUACCUGAUCAACGACCAAGCCUUCCACCACCAGUAGUAUACGAUCCGCAGCUCCCCGAACACCGGCGCGACAGGGGUACCGGUGCUCGCCGAACAAUCGCCGACGAGACCCACGACGAGCUCCGAGUACUAGUCCGACAGCGAGACAAGAUCCUCCAAGUACUAGCAGCAGAUCAACUACCAGGCGCUCGGCUCCUGCAAAAUGCUCUGCUCGACGUCCUGGGCAAGGACGACAGCGACGACGACGACGACGUGGCGGCGACGCCACCACUAGAACAACCAGAACCAGCCCCAGCACCUGCCCCUCGUGUCCAACCUCGAGAACGUGCAGGACGUGCUCUACGUGUACAGAUACGUGAAGCGCACCGGCUACUACGCCUAGGGAAGAAUACAGAAGCGGCAGCUGCGCUUGACCGCCUCGAGGCCGAAGGCGCUAGUGCUGAUGCAAAGAAGCACGCCGGAGAUAGUGUGAUCACUAGGCGAGCCAAGGAGAUCAGAGACCUGGUUUUCAAGCAAGGCCAUCUAGGGACGACGCGAAGGAUCGUCGAGGAGUUUCUAGAUGCUCCAGAGAUGAAACUACUGCUCCCUGCCCAUCUCCAACAAACGUCGAAGGACGCCGAGACGGCGAAGAUGAUGCUUCAGGCCGCCAAAGCGUGGGUCAAAGGUGUAAUGAAGACCACGGGCCGACGCUCUGACGAGGAUCGUAACGCUCUACUGGCUGGCAUCUCUGCUUUGAUGCCAAAGGGCCUCUUCGAGCUGAAACGUGGACGUUCCGCCAUGCGAGCUCUCGGGCUCUCCCACGCCAUCACAAGGCAAGCCGUCGACGCCCGACAGGACUUGGAGGACCGCAGCAAGGGCUGGCAGCGCGUACACACGUCGCCGCACUGCGAUAGACUGGACACGACGCCCAUCGACAAGUGGUGGCACGAGCAGGGCAGUGUUCCGGACAACGACAACAAGCACAAGAUUUCAGUGUUCCUGGGAGUCGAUGAAGACACAAAUGAGGAGAAGUAUACCAUACAUUACCGGCGUCUUCAGGCCGGUAACGACAAGGAUGCUUGGGAACUCUUCGCUAAAUCGGACUACGCGAAGCAGUGCCAGGAGAAGUCGAAGACUGAAAAGUGCCCUUUGGGCACCAUACCACAGCUCAAGGCCUUCGUCCAGGCACGCUGUCCUUGUAUUAAGAAGCGAGGCGUAGGAGAGUGCGACUGCGACAUCUGCACCACAAUCCACUCGAACCUCUACCCGUAUCAUCAACAAGUCCUCAAAUGGAUCGGCGACGGCGACACGUCCACGUGCGCAUGCGGUGGUGCGUGCGGAAAGUGGGCCGAGGCGACCCAAUCGAUGGAUGCGUUGUAUGGCUUCCUGUUCUGCCCGGCAGAGCACCUGAAGGACUACGACAUUGGAGACACGCCCUUCAAGAUCAUCCCCAAGUCUUGUGCGACUGGGAACUGCAAGCACGCCACGCCGUUUGACACGUCGAAAGCGUGUGGCGUCGCUCUACGGAUGGCUCCGCUGUACAAGUGCCCUGUGCUCGCUUCCGACGAAGACGUUCGAUGGAAACAGUGGCAGCCGCGCUAUACAGGCGAUAACAAGGAGACGGGGGUGGCCAUGUAUCAAUCGGAGUUCGUGCCGACGAGGGGUUCGCGACGCAAGUUCCUAGAAUUCUUCCAGGACAAGCUCGGGUUCUAUGCAGAGCAUCAUUGGCGUGUGGAAUGGACAACCCAAAGCUUGAGGCGCGUCGAGUUGUACAGGCCGCCGAACACGGCCGUUCUUCACUGUGACUUCGCCUCUCAGCUAGCGAUCCAACGGCAACACCUCCAAACCUGCGGCCGUCGAGAGUACCUGAACAACUGUGUUGGUGUCAUUGGCUACGACCUGCGGGAGGUGCAGCUCAUGCGGCCAAAAGUAAAGUAUUCGAAGGAGCGGGUCCCGACACCGGUACAACAACAACAUGUCGACUGUUUUUUUGGGUUUAGCCCACCGGGCCACAAGCCCGACGCGCGCUACUACAACACCGUGUACCAGGACAUGAUCUCCUACCUCAAGACGGGCGCGGUUCGGCACGGUGAGUGGUUCUACAACAAGCAGCGCCUGCGGGGCGGCGACCACUCCUUACCGUUGCCGCAGGGGUUCACGGAGAUGGACCCCUCGGCCCCCUUCCCUCGACUCGACGAGGUGAUAGAAGAGCUAGACGGCUGCGCCUGUCAAUUUGCAUGCGGAACGCAGUAUCGUGCAGUCGCGACGGGCCUUAUGGAGCAGGGCGUGGUGCGACGACAGCUUAAACUAGCGGAGAAGCACGGCAAGAACGUGUGCGACGGCGUCUCGAACAUCCCUGGGACCGUCCUACGGUCCGCCAUCGCUGCGGAUAGGGCGCCGCCCCCCGGUUCUCGAGAGACGGUCGUUUUCAUGGCACGCGAGCACCCGACGCCGAGCGUGCCCAAGGCUGAUACCAAUGGCAUGUGGAACCUCUCGGGCAUUUUCUACGGCCACAUCUCUCACAAAGUGAUCGAGGCCUGCCACGUCCCCGAGGCCACUACUUUUACUGGAACGAGGAAGUGUCACGACUUCGUCGGAUUAUCUUGCGACAAGGCCCUGCUGGACGGCGACGCACCUAUCCACGCACGCCAUGACUUCUGCUUCUGCUCGCCGUGCGGGAAGCGCAAGUUCAUUGACUGUAAGUUUAGGCGACGCGCUGGUGCUACGAUGAAGAAGCAUAGUACGAAAAUCAAAAAGGUGACGACAUCUACUAUCCAAACGCAGCAAGGUGCCUUCGAAAACUGGUGCAAAGAAAUGCACAACCAGAAGCUACUCGCCGUUCGUGUCCAGGACCCCAAGUACACUGACGAUUUCUGGCUCGCGAAGCCGACCGGAGCCGCCAUCGUCGCGACCGAAAACUUCAUACAUGCCAAUUCAGACUAUGAGGUGGGGUUUAUGAUCCUACCAAUCAAAUGGUACGACAUCGUCUCGGGCAAAGAGCGUACCUAUACGCUUUUGAACGACGACGUCUACAUCCAAGCGAACGCGACGGUCCGACUGACUGGACUGAAGUUCAGCCAACACACAAAUGGGAGGUACACAAUUACCGAGGACACUCACGAGCGUAUCCUUGAAGCUAUCUAGGCCGGUUCUAAUGUUAAUUUGUAAUUUUAUGCGAGUUUUCCGGAAUGUGGAUGAUUCCGUUCAGCUUUUUCGGAAUUUGGGUCGACACUGAUCCGAGCGAUUAUGUGGACGUCGUCCACCCGGGCCCGUCGGGACUGUCGAAGAUGGCGAGAGCCGCGGAGCGGGAGCUCCGGGCCUGGCGCUACGGCGGGUCUGACGAUAACGGCUCUGACGACGGGUCCGACGACGACGAGCCCGAGGAGACGCGGCGGCCGACGCGGCAGCCGUCGUAUCGGCCGACGUAUCAGCCCACGGACGCCGGGCCGACGCCACGGCCGCCGACACCGCGCCCGCGGCCGUCGAGCGACUGCCCGGCGCUUGAGCCUCUCCCUAAGGACUCGCCGGACUGCCCAGACGAGCUCGACAUCGCGCCCUGCGACACGCCUGGCCUGGGCGUCGGGGAGCUGUGCGAGGGCGACGGCGAGUGCGGGACCGACCGAAAGCUAGAUAAUUGCUCCAACGACGAGGCCCAGGGCGCGGACAUCUACCGCAUUGUCGGUUCGACGCCGAAUUACCAGCCCACUAAGAAGCCAACGGACGGCGGCGGCGGCGGCGAGUGCCGCGAUGAUGAAUCGUGGUGCUACGGCGACUGCAGUCCGAACGACUGCGCGUACGUUGGGCAGAAGGUCAAGCCGGACGGAACGCUCGCGCGCUGCAAAAAGAAGAACACGGACGGCGAGCGAUCGGCGCUCGAGGCGUGCCCGGCGACCUGCGGGACGUGUCCCUGA